AUGCAAGAACACGCAUACGAAUUAACUAAUUCUGCGACUUCAUUAGAGACAUUAUAUGAAGAAUCCUCUCUUGGCGGACACGAUGAUGGUUUUUGUCCAGCAGUUGGUCAUUCUUUAGGUGGCGGUUUUGGCUUAUAUUCUCGAGAAUUCGGUUUGGCUACUAAUCAUAUUCUUUUGAUUCAAAUGGUCAGCACGAAUGGAACAGUCUUAACCGCAAAGAAUGUUACAAAUCCUGAUCUAUUUUUUGCGCUGAGAGGUGCUGGACUUGUCCAUUGUUGA